AGACUACUGAGAAACUUACGAGGCAGAAAAAAGUUCACCUCCAGAAUCCCCGUUUUGUUUCACUGAGGAAUUCCGAGGAUGGAGCUCCAGCCAGACGUAGCUUUGGCCAUCUCCAAGCACGUUCUACUGACGGAAGCUAAGAACUCAAACGCAGUGAUUUCUCCGCUGUCGAUCCACGUCGUGCUGAGUCUCAUUGCUGCCGGAUCAAGGGGUGCCACUGAGGACCAGUUGUUGUCUUUCCUGAAGGCCAAGUCGAUCAACGAUCUCAAUUCCAUCUCCACCAAGCUCGUCUCCAUUUUGGCUGAGGGAAGCGCCAGUCAAGAAGGUCGAAAACCGUUGCUGCCUUUCCUCAAGGCCAAGUUGAUUGACCAUCUCAACUCCAUCUCCAUCAAGCUCGUCUCCGUUUCUGCUGAGGGAAGCAGCGCCAGCUGCCGAGAUCGAGAAGGUCCAAAACUGUUGCUUGCUAAUGGGGCUACUUGUCAUGAAGUCGACUUCCAAGCUAAGGCAGUUGAAGCGACUGCUGAAGUGAAUAAAUGGGCGGAGAAGCACACAAAUGGUCUCAUCAAAGAAGUUCUUCCUCCUGGCGCUAUUGAGUGCACGGCGAGACUCGUGUUGAGCAGUGCCCUUUACUUCAAAGGAGGCUGGAAGCAGAAGUUUGAUGCAUCAGCUACUAGAGACCAUGAUUUCCACCUCUUGAAUGGUAGCUCAGUGAGAGUACCAUUUAUGACUAGCAAGAUGAACCAAUUUGUUGCUGAAUACAAUGGUUUCAAGGUCCUUUCCCUUUCUUAUAAGCAAGGUGAAGAAGACAAACCAGUGUUCUCAAUGCACAUCUUCCUUCCUGAUUCCCAACAUGGAUUGCCUGCACUGGUCGAGAGAGCGGGUUCUGAACCUGGCUUCUCGAGUCGUCACAUUCCACGACGUCGAGAACUAGUGGGUGAGUUCAGGAUUCCAAGGUUCAAACUGUCAUUCGGGUUUGACGCUUCGAAUACCUUGAAGGGAUUAGGGUUGGUUCUGCCUUUCUCUAAUGAAGCAGAGUUGAAUGAGAUGGUGGAUUCCUCUGUGGUGGGCAGUAGUACCCUAACUUUGUCGAGCAUCUUUCACAAAUCUGUCAUCGAAGUAAAUGAAGAAGGCACAGAAGCUGCAGCUACUUCUGUUGGUGUCAUAUGUAGCAGAAGUUUACCUGAGAGGAUAGACUUUGUAGCCGAUCACCCGUUCAUGUUCCUCAUUACAGAAGACCUUACCGGGUUGGUGCUGUUCAGUGGCCAUGUCCUUGAACCCUCGCAGCAGGCUUCUUAGAACUUCUCUAAUUAUAAUAAUCUGCAGGCUUCGUC